AUGUCUGUAACUGCAUAUGCUGCAAAGUUUGUAGAGCUUGCUAAAUUUUAUCUGCAUUAUACCGCUGAGACUGCUGAGUUCUCAAACUGUAGGAUUUGCGAGGAGGAUACGAAAGCUCAGUAUAAGGUUAGGAAUGAGCGGAGGAACAAGGGUCAACAGGGUCGACCGAAGCCCUACAGUGCUCCUGUUAACAAAGGAGAGCAAAGACUGAAUGAUGAAAGGAGACCUAAGAGAGGAGAUGUUCCUACUGAGAUCGUUUGCUACAAGUGUGGUGAGAAGGGCCACAAGAGUAAUGUUUGCAAUGGUGAUGAGAAAAAGUGCUUCCGAUGUGGGAAGAAAGGACAUACUAUAGCUGAGUGCAGACGCGGAGAUAUUGUUUGCUACAAUUGUGAUGAGGAAGGUCAUAUUAGCUCGCAGUGCAAGAAGCCUAAGAAGGUUCAGGCAAGUGGAAGAGUGUUUGCUUUAGCUGUUACUCAGACAGCGAAUGAGGAUCGUCUGAUCUGA